CAGGACGAUGCCGCAAGCUCCACAGCAUCAAUGCGCUCAAGCAUCAUGCAGUACCGUCAAGAGAACGGCCGAACUUAUCACUCAUACAAGGAGUCUAACCUACAACAUCACUUGUUCGCUCUCACCUUUAAUGGAAGUCUAUUCCACUGCCCGGUUGGCAAGGAUAAGCCCAUCGGUCGCGUCCUCGACGUUGGCACUGGCACUGGUGUUUGGGCAAUUGAUUUUGCCGACGAACAUCCCGAGGCAGAGGUCAUUGGAAUUGACAUCAGCCCCAUUCAACCGUCAUUCGUUCCCGCCAACUUGUCAUUCCAGGUUGACGACCUCGAGGAUGAGUGGACCUUCAGCUACAAGUUCGACAUGGUUUUCGCCCGCAUGAUGACGGGCUCUGUAGGCGACUGGCCCAAGUUCUUCAACCAGAGUUUCGUAGGCCUAAAUCCUGGAGGUUGGAUUGAGUGCCAGGAUAUCUGCUUCCCUCUGAAGUGUGACGACGGCACCGUAAAGGACGACUCAUAUAUCAAGCAGUGGUCCGACCUAAUGAUCAAGUCGACUACCAUUUUCGGCAGGACAGGCGAGAGCGCGUCAAUGUACAAGCAGCAGAUGAUCGACGCGGGCUUUGUGAACGUCACCGAAGUGAUUUACAAGUGGCCCACAAACCGAUGGCCCGUGGAUCCCUACUACAAGGAUCUUGGCUUCUGGUGCUUCCACAAUAUUGCAGGUGGCCUUUCCGGCCUAAGCAUGGCCCUGUUCACCCGUGCCUUGGGAUGGAGCUCUGAGGAGGUCGAGGUCUUCCUCGCCAAUGUGCGAAAAGACAUGAAGGAUAAGUCAAUCCACGCCUGGUGGCCCAUACAUGUGGUGUAUGGCCAGAAGCCAGAAGCCGGAUGAACGAUCACCUGAAGCCAACUGCAUGAUAUUCUUUCCCUUCUCAUUUCCUUCAUGUUAAUGGUUGGUAUCUUGAAUUUCUACAUGCCAAUUCAUUUUGCGGUCGAGUCGAAUGGUGGUACUAUUGAAUCUGCUUCGGGUCAAAAUGACGCAUCCAGCAUACACGGAAGGUUUGUUCAGAACUUGGGGAAAGCCAUUGGGCUGAUGGCGUAUUUCCAUAGACUUAAAUCAGCAUUUUGAAAGUUCAAAUAUUCUAUCCUCUUGUUUAUCAUCCCUUGCGGUCCCAAGCUAAACCUGAGAUGAGUAGCAUUUAACCAAAAUUUAUCAACGCCGAUUUAUGGAAGCGCCACACUUGACAUCUUACGAGCAUGAAUCGUAUCACAUGCUGCCGGCCGAUUGAUAGAGUGCUGCCAUGCUCAUACAGGCCAUACU